AUGCACAUCAUCAAGCCCAUCUGGCUCACCCACGGAGGCGAAAAGAAAGAUUUCGAGGUCUACAGCUGCCAUGUCUCCCCCGACGGCAAGCGCCUGGUCACCGCAGCCGGCGAUGGCUACGUGCGAAUCUGGUCCACCGAGGCCAUUUACAAUGCCGCGAAUGCGAAAUACGACAAGCCUAAGCAGCUGGCGUCGAUGAGCUACCACUCGGGCACCAUUCACACCGUGCGCUUCUCACCCGGCGGGAAAUUUCUGGCGUCAGGGGCAGAUGACAAGAUUGUCUGCGUGUAUACUCUGGACCCGAGUCCUCCAACCCAUGCCACAUUCGGUUCAAACGAGGCCCCUCCGGUCGAGAAUUGGCGCAUCUUCCGGAGAUUGAUCGGACACGAUAACGAUGUACAAGAUUUGGGCUGGUCAUACGACGGGACGAUCCUGGUGUCGGUGGGAUUGGAUUCAAAAGUGGUGGUGUGGUCAGGCUUUACCUUUGAAAAGUUGAAGACACUCUCGAAUCAUGCCAGCCAUGUCAAAGGCAUCACUUUUGAUCCUGCCAAUAAAUACUUUGCGACCGCAAGCGACGACCGAACGAUCCGGAUAUUUCGAUUCACCUCUCCCACGCAGAAUUACACGACUCACGAUGCAGUAAACAACUUUACCCUCGAGACGACCAUCAGCCAGCCUUUUGUCAAUUCCCCUUUGACAACAUACUUCCGCAGAUGCUCCUGGGCUCCCGACGGAAUGCAUAUCGCGGCGGCCAACGCGGUGAACGGUCCUGUCAGCGCGAUUGCCAUCAUCAACCGUGGUACGUGGGACGGCGACACCACCUUAAUUGGACACGAAGGUCCAGUGGAGGUGUGCGCGUUUUCUCCAAGACUCUACGGACCAGAGCCUCCUUCCAAGUAUGCCCACGAAGAUCAUCCUACGCCUCACACGACGGUAAUUGCAUGUGGAGGGGCAGAUAAGUGUCUGAGCAUUUGGACCACUAGUAGUCCUCGGCCCAUUGUCGUUCAGCAAGAUGUAGCUGGCAAGCCAAUCUCUGAUAUUUCUUGGAGCCCGGAUGGCCAAACCCUGUUCGCCACCGCAUUGGAUGGCACUAUUUUGACCGUAAUGUUUGAAGUGGGAGAGUUGGGCUACGCAAGACCCAUCGAAGAAAACGACAGAUCACUCUCCAAGUACGGCACAUCUAGGAAGGGAAUAGGAUUCCCGGAAAGCACUGAUGCGCUCUUGCUUGAAGAAAUGAGCAAGGCUGGCGAGAUCAAGGGCGUGGAAGGACGCAUGGGCGCCUUGAUGGGGGAUCUCCAUUCCUCACUACCAGCGACAGCAGAAAAGCCAUCUGUCACCACGAAUGGUACAAUUACAACCACCCAAAACCUCUCAAAUGGAACUGCGGAAAUCAAUGGGCAAGCCGCAGCAAAGGCACAAGACGACCAAAACCAGGCCAAACUCGAGAGACUCAAGAAUCGAGUCGAAAUCACUAAGGAUGGUAAGAAGAGAAUACGGCCUCUAUUGGUAUCUGGUGCCGGCGGGACGGAGUCUUCCCUGCCACAGACGAAGCUGGUCAGUGCCAGUGCGAAUGUUCAAGCGGUAGACGCCCCACAGACCGUGUUGGACCUUUCUAAACCGUUCGACGGGCUUCCCAAAGGUGGCCUGGCGGCAUUAUUGCUUGGGAAUAAACGAAAAUACGCACAGAUCGAGGGUGAAGAAGAGGGCACUGCCGAGAAACGAGUGGUGGCAGCAAGUCAGAAGGGAGCUACACCCAUUCUCGUUAACGGCGCGGAUGGACUUCUCCCAGCACAACACCAACCAGCUGCAAGCGGCCAACAGGUGACUCCAGAGUUCAUACGACCAGCUGUCAUCAACCAGGCGCUGAGCGUGAGUCAACUUCGACUUGCCGUCCCCAAAGUGCGCACCCAUGUCGUGCUGGGGAUUGAUGCCACAGGAAAACCAGGUGACAUGUCUGGCGACACGGCGAGCAAGUCCAGAGCCGAAUUCGUCUUCGAGGCCAAGAAUCCCUCGGGACAAUCACUGACACCCAGAGCGCAGGAUCGUGAACCGUGUCGGAUCACUUUGACGAGGAAAGAUCAGCCUCUGUGGCAGGAUUUCCUUCCUCGUCCAGUUCUUUUGGUCACAGGUACCAGAUCGUUUUGGGCGGCGGCGGAUGAGACAGGCUCUUUAUACCUGUGGACGCCACAUGGCCGGCGGCUGAAUAGUGCUCUGGUCAUGGAAGCUCAACCAGUGAUCCUGGCGUCCUACGAUUCUUGGCUGAUGUGCAUCACUGCGGUCGGUGUCUGCUAUGUUUGGAAUGUCAAAACCAUGUCAUCUCCACAUCCACCCGUGUCGCUGGCACCUGUACUUGACGCGGCGGUCCAUUCACUGGCUGCUCACCCGACAGGUGCGCCUGCGAUUACACAAGCUCGUUUGAAUUCCGAGGGUAGGAUUAUCGUUUCCCUGUCCAACGGUGACGGGUAUGCGUACUCGCCGCAGAUGUACUGUUGGCAACGGCUAUCCGAGGUUUGGUGGGCGGUGGGCAGUCAGUACUGGAACACGACCGACUCUUCCGUGGGCAACAUCCAGUCUUCGAAAGCAAAGACCGACUUCGAAAAAUCCGUGGACGUGUCUUCAGGUAUCGUGCCGUGGCUGGAGAGAAACACGACAUCGGAGACGUUGCUGCGAGGUCGAGCAUACUUCUUACAGCGACUCAUCAAGGUGUUGUUGUCACGAGAAGGCUUUGAAAGUUUCGAGUCCGGUGUGUCGAUUGCUCAUCUGGAAAACCGCAUCGCCGCAGCGCUCAUGCUGGGCGCAAAGGACGAAUUCCGGAUAUACCUACUCAUGUAUGCAAAACGAUUGGGCGCCGAAGGUUUGAGGUUAAAGGUCGAAGAACUACUGAGGACACUGAUCGGCGGCAUCGUGGAACCGUCAGGUCAAGACGGGGAGAGUGUCGCGGCGACCAUAAACGCUGUGGAAGGCCGCAACUGGCAGGAAGACUCCAAGACGAUUUGUGGAUGGUCUCGAGAAGAGCUGCUCAAAGAUGUUGUCCUACUUCUUGGAAAACAUCGAGAUUUGCAGAGAAUCACUGUACCUUAUGCAAAAAUGUUACAUAUCAUGGACGACAUGCCCGAGGAUCAAGAUCAAAUGGCUUUGUAA